AUGUUUGCUACUCGUCGUCUUCUAUUCUCAACGAGGAUAACAUUCUUUACUCGCGAAACAUGUGGCCUUUGUAGUCAAGCCAAGCAUGUUCUAUCUGAUGUCUGGGAUAAAAGGCCGUUCGACUAUACGGAAGUUGAUGUUGACCUUCCAAAACCCGAGAGCAAGCAAUGGAGAGACAUUUAUGACUUCGACGUGCCUGUAAUACACAUCAGCAAGUCUACAGCCCCAGAGGAGAAUGUUAAGAGUGUGGGCAAGGCUAUUAAACUCAUGCACCGAUUCACAGUCGAGCAAGUCGAAGCUCAAAUGGACAAGGCAGAGAAGGACUGA